AUGGCCUCAAAAAGGCACUUGGAGCCCCUGGACCCCGUGAUUUUCAACAAGCUACCUCGGCUGGAGACGGAGCCCACCGCCACCUUCCCUGCCAGCCUCUGCAAAUCCAGCCCCGUGCCCAACCCUGGCUCCGAAAGCCAUUUCAACUACAAGGGCUCCUACUUUGCCUGCCCACUGCAGAGCCCCGAGCGCCCUGAGCAGCCCCCAGCGCGCUGGAGCCCGGCCCCCACCUACCUGCACUACGGCCCCGGUGCCAACGGCCAGCCAAUGCCAGCGGAGGGGCCGCUGCUGGGCUGCCUGCUCUACCAACCUGAGAGCCUGGGUGCUGCGCUGCAGCCCGCAGGCAUGGAGAAGGGCAAGGAAAACCUGGUGAGGGAGCUGCUGCUGACCAGGGAGAAGUGGAGCAGCCCUCCGCCGGCCCCAGGUCACCCCUUCCCGGUGAAGACAGCGGUGGCAGUCAACAAGGCGACCCCUCUGGCUGUCCCCAAGCCGGUGUACAGAGUGCCCCCUGCCUGCUUCAUGGACCCCAGGAUGGCUCUGCUGCUGGGACCCCGGGCUGAAAGCCUGCAGCAGAGACCCGGGGAUGUGGACUGGACUCUGCCUGCUGCCACCCCCGCUAGCCACCCUCUGCACCCCGGUGAGCCCCACGGUGCCACUGGGCUGCACAAGAGGGGUCCCCACUCUGAGCCUGCUCUCCUGCCGCUGCACCCCAGCCUGGCGCUGCCCACCAAGGAGAAGGUGGGCUCCCCUGCCACCUUCUCCCCCUACUACACCGCCUUUGAGAAAUACAGGGCACCCCCUGGCACCCCCUUCCUGGAAGCCAACUGCCCCACUGCCCACAGCCAGCGGAAGGUACCUGAGGUGCUCAGCCUCAGCCCGGACCCCUGGGCCAAACUCCGGCCGCUCAGCCCAGCCUACCGGGAGAGGCCACCCAUGUGUUACCCCCUCACCCACUUCCCACUGCCCCUCCAGAAGGCUGCCCUCCUCUACCACCCUCUGGCUCCCACCAUGGAGGCACCACCCAGCACUCUACCUGGCACCUACAACAGCUUUGGCUUUGCGGGAAGCGGGGAGCCCUUUCCUGGCUCUUACCUCAAGCCCCAAGCCCCAAGGAGCUGCUACUUCCCCAGCCCCGUGGACACCUCUGCAGCACAGACAGCUGGCACGGGCACGGUGGCAUCGCCUCCUGCCAAGUCGGUGGCACCACCGAGGGAUGGCGAGCCGCCACAGCGAGCUGCCUGCCUGCCAAGCCCCAGCUUUGCCUUCAGCCCUGGUGACAGGGCCGGGUUUGGCACCUCCUUUGCUGGCACAGAGCCGGGCUGCGAGCGGCAGCGGGCGGAAAGCCCCCGGCGAGGAGCGGUGACGAGGGACGAUGGCGCUGUCCAACCCGCCCGCACCCCAGAGAAGGUGUCCAGGAGCUCUGCUGGGCUGACAGAGACGUUUCCCAGCCACGGGGAGCAGGAGACUUCUUACCCUGGGAGGAAGAGGAGGGCCAGCCUGGCUCCCCAGGAGAGCCCCCGUGGAGGACCACCAGCUCCCAUUGUUGUCAGGAAGGGAGAUACCUGCAAGGCCAAGGAUGCAGACAAGGAGCCUGUCCCACCAUCUCCAUCAGCUCUCUCCUCAGACAGGCUGAAAAACCCAAGGGACAGCAAAGUUUCUCCUUCCUCCCCACCCAUGCCAGUGAUCAACAAUGUCUUCAGCCUGGCACCUUACCGAGACUACCUGGAGGGGACUGAGGCCUCAGUCCAGGUCCCCUUCUGCAGGGAACAUCUGCAGGGGGACACCCCAACCCAAGACACGGGGGGCAGCCAGGAGCCUGCUCUGAAGAUGGACAGCAGCGUGGUCCAGAGCCAAGGGGAAAGCUGUUACAGAGGGGUCCCCAAAAAGCCAAAGCUUGUGCCCCCAGACCCAGGGUCUCAGGAGGGCAGCCCCGGUGGGCUGGGGAAGGGGGAGCCAGCCCCUGAGGAUGUGGUGCUGGACCUCAGCUUGAAGAAGAAAAUGGUGAAGGCCAGGGAGACCCAGGGACCCAGCAGCCAUGUGGAGGGGCCACCAGGCAGGGAGGAGGAGGAGAAGGAGGGUCCAGUGGGGAAGGAGAUGGUGAGAGAAGGGACCAAGCCCCAGGUGCUGCCCUUGCUGCUGGAGGUGGACUCUGGGGACAAGAGCAACUUCCAGAGCUCUGCCACCUUCAUGUUCAAAAAAUUCAAAAUCCUGCGCCCCCCUCAGCCCAGCUCCAUGCCCCUCCACCCCCCAGCCUCCCAGCCCAGCAGCUUGGUAUUGCGGGGUGCUGGGCCGGAUCUGCAGCAGCCCCUACUGCCCGAAGCCCCCCGCCUGCCGCGGGAGGAGGGCAUCUUGCUGCCAGGGCAGUGCCAGGGCCCCGGCUGCCAGACCCCUGCCGGCCAGUACUUCACCACCGUGCACACCUGGCUCUGCGACAUCAUCUCCUGCUCCGUGUCCAGGUCCUCCCCGGAGCUCCUGCAGGAGUGGCUGAAGAAGGCAGAGCCGGCAGAGGAGCUUGGAGAGAUGCCCAAAUCCUCCCCCAGGCCCAAGAAUGGCUCCAGGAUCCCUGAAGCUCAGAAGCCCACCAAAGGCAAGGAGAUCUGGCUGGCUUUCCAGGACGUGGCCACCCUCCUCCCCAACCUGCUCUCUCAGCUAGAGACCUUCAUGUUUGCUCGCAAGUGUCCUUUCCCCCACGUGGUCCGGGCAGGGGCUGUCUUCAUCCCCAUCCACGUGGUGAAGGAGAAGCUCUUCCCCAAGCUGCCCGGGGCCUCUGUUGACCAAGUGCUGCAGGAGCACAAGGUGGAGCUGCGCCCCACCACCCUCUCCGAGGAGAAGCACUUGAGGGACCUGGAGCUGAAGAGCUGCACCUCACGCAUGCUGAAGCUGCUGGCGCUCAAGCAGCUCCCUGACAUCUACCCAGACCUGCUGAACCUCCACUGGCACAACUCCAUCAAACAGCAGCUCAGUAGCCCUGGCCCGGAGGCCCUGAAAGCUGAUGGCAAAGUGAUAGCCAUGGAGAGCAUGAAGUAA